UGGUUAAAAACAGUGUUUUAGUUUCAGUUUCUGUAGUUUCUAUCAUUGUUGCUGAGAGCUUCUCUGCUCAGAGAUCAGCUGUCUCUAUGGAGAUACGUUAUCAUCUUGUUUGUUAUUUUGUUGAUGUUGGAGUUUGUCUGGGUGCUGCCCCUACCUGUUUCUGUUCAGCCAUGGAGACAGUCACUGCUCAGGAGGAUUUUGUCCACCUAAACUAAUUAUAUUCAUAUUUGUUUUGUCAAAUCAAAUGUUGCAUAUUCAGGUCUGCAGAUAGAAACUAAUUAUCCUCAUCAAUCAAGAGAAUUUUACAGCACAGAUCAGAUUCUGGGUCAAACUGGUUGUUGAAAUGAAAAAGCAGAUAUGUGGACAAAAAUAUAAUCUUAAAGUUUUUGUGGUUUAUAUUUUAUUUUGUGUUGGCAAGUAAUAAUAUUCUUAAAGUGAAUUGUUGUAUGCAAUGGUGUUUGGCUGCAAAUGUUGAUGUAAUUAGGAACUUAAGAUCUCUAGAGAUCAUUUAAAUCUGUUCUGCUUUGGCUGAAAUGGAAUUAUUCUCUUUACUAUAUUUUUAUGAUUAUAUAUACUAUAUUUAUAUAUAUAUAUAGCUGCAUUUGUUUUGUUUGUUUUUUAUUCUGCUUUUAUCCUAAAAACACAGCAGGAUUUUUGUGUCGACCUCUAUUAUCGCCUCAUCAUCACCGUGAACAUGAUUGUUUCCUCAGUCCUAGAAACCAGUAAUAUCUUUAAUAGUUCCACUUUUUCAUGUUUUUCUGUUUGUUUCUUUUUUUUCUUCGUUUUGGUUUUGCUGUUUGCUGGUUUUUCUUUUCUUCCUGUUUUUAUCUCUUGGUGGGAGACGUCUGUGUUUGUGGGGCUAGUGUUGACCUUUGACCUAAAUAUGGAUUCUGAUAUUGUUGAAAAGGAAACAUGUUUGAGAUUUGUACUCCAGUUGACAUAAAUCUACACAUUUGUGAUGCAAAUGUUACCUGGAAUAUUUUAGAUAACACUUUGAACUGCAAGGGUUUACAGAACAAUGCGUGUUUGUAGAUUUAACAUGUAAGAUUAUAAUUACGUGAUUUUAAUAAUGGAUUACUUUGAAUAGGCCGGUCUGAGCCACUCCGGCCACUACUGACCUUUUAUGAUGAAAGUAUCAGCCUGAAGGUUUUUAACUAUUUCUUUUGGCCGUGCUACAGGACAGAUAUCGACGGACAACUAAACAAUCUCAUCAAAUUUAAAGUAAGAUUACAUUUUUUUAAAUAAAGGAUGCAAUUUUAAUAGGUUCCUAAGAGUUACAUUUUCUAAACUGACAUUAAAAUAUGUUUUUUAUAUCUCUGAUGGUUUUUCUGAUUGAAAGGAUUUGUUUAUGCUUCGUAGAAGGUUUUGUCUGGAGUUUUUAGUGAGUUAGCAGUUAAUAAGCAGCACAGGUGAUAUUUUAUUUGAACUAUUUUGAAUGCCUGUCUGGACUUGAGAGCUGCUGGGCUGCACAUUUCAAAUUCAGUUUCCCUCAAGUCUUUGGUGUGUAAUUUACUGUGUGAAUGUUGUUUAUUCUCACAGUUUCAUGUUUAUAUCUAAGCAAUUAUUUUUAUAACCAUAUUUAGAAGAACAGAGUAACACACUUUAAGCACUAAUCUGGUACUAAAAUUCAGAAAACGUUAAUUUCUAUGUAUAAAGAAUAAAUAUCUCUAAUGAGCUGACUGGUUGUUUAUGGUGCUGUUAAGUAAACCAGAGAUUGUCACCAGGAAUAAGGAUUAGGGUGAUGGCAUUGAGGCCUUCCAGCCUCAAUCAGGACUUGGAGCUGAUCACCAGAUUUUAUUCCACCAAAAUACCAGAGAAAACAUCCAAAAUGCUGGUCAGUGAUUACAAGAAGGGCUUCCUGCUGCCAUGCCAAUAAAGAUAUUACUGCUGAUAACUGAGGAGCGGGUAAAGACAUAGAAAUAAAAUGUUAUCAUUCCUUGACUCCCAUAAAGACUCUCUAUCCCCCCUCACUCUGCUGAACCAGGUUUAAUUUCAUUUAUUGAUUCAUUCCAGACAUGACCAUUGUGUCAAGCAUGUCCACAUUAACAAUAACAUAAAUAUGUGCAUCUAUAUAUGUAUACAUACAUGUGUGCAAACACACACAUUUGAACAUAUAAAAAAGAAAAUCCCUUAUAAAAUGUAUAUCAAUCAAUGCAUCUACUUUAACAGAAUGCAUAGAAGAAUAAAUCUGUAAAGUAUAUACCCAAGGUGCACACAUCUGUCCACCCCUACAUACCUAUCUACACACACACAGUAUAAAUGAUACAUAAAUCUGACUUUUCCUUUAUUUGUUCAUUGUUAGAAAACACUGGUGAAGCAACCAGUCAAGAGACACUGAGGGACAUGUCCAUGUGUGGGGAUGAGAGGAAGGCUUUAGUCAGGAUGGGAGAAACAUCAUGAUAACAUGUAAUCUCUGAGCUACAUCUGCAGAUAAAUCAACCUGCGGAGCCAGAAUCUCGUCUCCAGCACCUUCCUGCUGAAAGGCAGAAGACAUCAGAAAUACUUACACUGAGGCUGAGGUCAAAGACUCAGGGUGUGUUGAAGUGAUGGAUGGGCUACUGAAGCUGCCUGGUGUCGGAAUAUUACCGGAACAACUGUGAUAGCCUAUUGUAGUCUGUUUGGGUUAAUUAAAGAAACAUAGUUUGUUUAGCUCUUGUUUGUUCAGUUUCAGGAGUCUGAGUUGCUCAGGAGUUGUUUUUGUUAGUUUGCUUUAAUGUGAAUUCAGUCCACUCAGUUUAAUGCAUCAUUCACAAAACUGUGAAAAGGUUUUCAUUGGCAAAUUUCAUUUUUGAAUAUUUGAUAUGUGAGCUCUUACUUUAACUUUAUAUAGAACUUAAAAAGUGACUGGUAGGUGGGAACAACUAAGGAUCAGAACCUAGAAUCGUUCCUCUUUAUCACGUAUGCGGAAAAAGGCACCAGAAAGGGUUAAUGUACCUUCAGGAAAUCAGUCCGUCUGAAAAUAUAUCGUCUUCCUGCUAUGAAAUAGUGAUUCCAGUUUAUCCACAUAUUUUUUAAGUGGGUGUAGCUUGCACCUGUUGACAGUCAAGGUUGUCUGAGUCAAACAUUUUCAUUGUAGCUGAGAGGCAAAAUGGCUUGGAGAGGAGUUCAGAUAGACUUAGAAUCUAUGUCCUGCUACAUCUGUUUGGAUCUACUGACGGAUCCGGUGACUAUUCCCUGUGGACACAGUUACUGUAUGGACUGUAUUAAUGACGACUGGGAUGGAGAAGAUCAGAGGAGAAUCUACAACUGUCCUCAAUGCAGGAAAGCCUUCAUACCGAGGCCUUUCCCAAAGAAGAACAUCAUGAUAGCUUCUGUAGUCGAUGAUAUGAAGAAGACUGAAUCCCAAGCUGCUGUAUCGGAUCACUGCUAUGCUGGACCUGAAUAUGUGGCCUGUGAUGUCUGCACUGGGAGGAAGAGGAAAGCUGUCAAGUCCUGCUUAUCCUGUUCAGUUUCUUACUGUGGGAAUCACCUCCAACCUCACUAUGAUGCUCCACCUUUACAGAGGCACAAACUGGUGAAUCCCACCAAUAAGCUUCAGCAGAACAUCUGCUCUCGUCAUGAUGAGCUGAUGAAGAUCUUCUGUCGUACUGAUCAGCAGUGUAUCUGUUAUCUCUGCAAUAUUGAGGAACAUAAAGGCCAUGAAACAGUCCCAGCUGCAACAGAAAGAGCUGAGAAGCAGAAGAAGCUCCAGGAGAAUCGACAACAAAUCCAUCAGAGAAUCCAGGACCAAGAGAAAGAUGUGAAGCUGCUUCAACAGGAGGUGGAGGCCAUCAAUGUCUCUGCUGAUAAAGCAGUGGAGGACAGUGAGAAGAUCUUCACUGAGCUGAUCCGUUUCCUCCAGGAAAGAAGCUCUGAUGUGAAGCAGCAGAUCAGAUCCCAGCAGGAAACUGAAGUGAGUCGAGUCAAAGAUGUUCAGGAGAAGCUGGAGCAGGAGAUCACUGAGCUGAAGAGGAAAGACGCUGAGCUGGAGCAGCUCUCACACACAGAGGAUCACAACCAGUUUCUCCUCAACUACCCCUCACUGCCAGCACUCAGUGAGUCUACACACUCAUCCAGCAUCAACAUCCGUCCUCUGAGACACUUUGAGGACGUGACAGCAGCUGUGUCAGAGCUCAGAGACAAACUACAGGACGUCCUGAGAGACACAUGGACAAACAUCGAACUGAAGGUCACUGAGGUGGAUGUUUUAUUGGCAGAACCAGAAGAAAGUAACAGAGCUAGAUGUUUAAAAUAUUCACAAGAAAUCACUCUGGAUCCAAACACAGUACACAAAAAUUUAGUUUUAUCUGAGGGGAACAGAAAAGUAAUAUUUGUGUACCAAGAACAAUCUUAUCCCCAUCAUUCAGACAGAUUCAGUGAUUAUUAUUAUCAGGUUCUUAGUAGAGAGAGUCUGACUGGACGUUGUUACUGGGAGGUGGAGAUGAGAGGUGGAGCUGGAGUUGGAGUAGCAGUUUCAUACAAAAACAUCAACAGAGCAGGAAGAUCAGAUAAGUGUUUAUUUGGAUUUAAUAACAAAUCUUGGUCAUUAUAUUGUGACAGAAACAGUUACACUUUUCAUCACAACAACAUUGUCACUCCAGUAUCAGGUCCAGUUUCCUCCAGAAUAGGAGUGUACCUGGAUCACAGAGCAGGUAUUCUGUCUUUCUACAGCGUCUCUGAAACCAUGACUCUCCUCCACAGAGUCCAGACCAGAUUCACUCGGCCUCUGCAUGCUGGAGUUUAUGUUCAUGCCGACUCCAUUUCAAAGUUCAUUAAACCGAAAUAGUCAGCAGAGAUCUGAAAUUUAGUUGAAGGUGUGUAUUUUAGUUUCAGUUUCUUUAGUCUCUGGCAUUGAUGAAGAAACAUCACGACUGCCAUUUCUUCACUGCUCAGAGAAUCACCUUUCUUUAUGUAGCUACUUUGUGAUCCUGUUUGGGGUUUUAUUGAUGGUGGGGUUGGUUUCAGUGGUGCCUCUUCCUGCCAUGGAGGCUAUCAAUGCUCAUUUUGAUUCUCCUUAAAUAAUUACAUUUGGUCUGACAAAGUAAGACAUGUAAAUGUUGUUCUAAUCCACAUGAUCAUUAAUCAGGAUAUCAGUCAUUGCUUUACUGGACAAAUUCUGGCUGAACCUGAUUGUAGAAAUUAAUUUAAAAGUAGAACUGUACAGAACAAGACUCACUGUCUGCUUUAUUCAGACACAAAUAUUGUUACAGAGCAUUUUGAGCAGACAAGUGGUCACGUUCUUAAAAUGUUUAUAUUCAUUGAUUUGGGGCUGUAAAUGUAUUCAUUGGGAAAUGUUUUAAAAUAAAAAAACUCUGUAAAUCCCUAAAA